AAUCUUUGAAUUUAUUAAAUUAAUGGAUAAAUGGAUGUAAAAGAUAUGCAACAAUUUCUAAGAAGAAAUAUGGUUUUAAAUAGAUAUCGUAGAUAUAUAUCGACAUAUUAUUUUCUGAAAUUGAUCGUAUUUCUUAUUCUAUUUGGUUUUAUAAUAGUUUCUAUAAAACAAAGUGGAUGCAUUACUUUAAAGAAAUAUGAAAUAAAUAUAAUUAUUAAUGAAACUUUACAAAAAGGGAAUAUGAAUUAUAAAUCGAUCAAUGUUUCUACAAUAUUAUCUAAAAAUACAAAUUUCAAACAUGAUAUGAUAUUUGAUAAUAAAAUAUCUCAGUUUUCUAAAAUUGUACAAGAACAAUGCAACAAUAUUCCAGUUACAUUACGUUUUGAUUGUCACCCCGAAGAUGGAGCAUCGGAAUUAUCUUGUGCGAGUAGAGGUUGUUGUUGGAAUUCUUUCGAAAAACAAAUUCCAACCAUAAAAGAAGCCUCUCUAAAUGUCCCAUAUUGUUAUUAUCCGAGCAAUUGGAGCAUAUAUAAAUAUGAAAAUUAUACUUUAGAUGGAAAUAAUUUUUCUGGAUUUCUCAAACAAAUGAAAAGAUCGUUCUAUGAAAAUGAUAUACCACUUGUUAAGGUAGAAACGAGCACUAUAGAUAAUUCUAUUUUACGUAUAAAAAUAUAUGAUACUUUUAAGAAACGUUAUGAACCACCAUGGCCUCUCAGAUCGAAUUCUAAACCAUUUAUUCAAAAAAAUAGUUAUGCAAAAUACAAGUUAAAUGUUGAUAACAUUAAACCUGGUUUUAAAGUAUACAGAACUUCAGAUGAUACAAUAAUAUUUGAUUCUAUUAAUAUCGGAGGUUUUAUAUUUGCUGACCAAUUUUUGCAAAUAAGUGCUCUUUUGCCAAGUCAUAAUAUUUAUGGUAUUGGGGAACAUGAAACAAAAUUGAAAUUAAAUACUAAUUGGCAAUCUUUUACAUUAUUUAAUAAAGAUCAACCACCGAUCGAAAAUGCAAAUUUAUAUGGAUCGCAUCCUUUUUAUUUAAUAAUUGAAAAUUCGGGAAAUUCUCAUGGAGUUCUAUUUCUUAAUAGUAAUGCUAUGGAUGUGAUAUUACAACCAUCACCUGCUAUUACCUUUCGAACUAUUGGCGGUAUUUUUGAUAUAUAUUUUUUUUUGGGUCCAACUCCAACAGAUGUCAUAAAACAAUAUUCUGAGAUAGUAGGUAAACCAUUUUUGCCCCCUUAUUGGUCCCUUGGUUUUCAUUUAUGCAGAUACGGAUAUGGAAGUUUAGAAAAGACAAAAGAAGUAUGGAAUAGAACUAUAGCAGCAGGAAUUCCAUUUGAUACUCAAUGGAACGAUUUAGAUUACAUGGAUAAGAAUAACGAUUUUACGUAUAAUUCAGACAGGUUUAAGGAUUUACCACAAUUUGUUAAUGAAAUACAUUCAAGAGGAAUGCAUUAUAUUCCGUUGAUCGAUGCAGGAGUAUCUGGUUCUGAAAAGAACGGAACUUAUUUGCCGUACGAUGAAGGUUUGAAAGAAGAUAUAUUUAUAAAAGAUGAAAAAGCUGAUCAACCAUUUGUUGGCAAAGUUUGGAAUCUAGUCUCUACUGUGUGGCCUGAUUUUACAAAUCCCAAAGCGCAAAAUUAUUAUUUUCAUAUGAUGAACGAUAUGCACAAUAAUUUUGCAUAUGAUGGUGCUUGGAUAGAUAUGAACGAACCUUCUAAUUUUUAUAAUGGACAUAAAUAUGGAUGUUCACAAAAUAAAUUGGAUUAUCCUAAAUAUAUACCGCGUGUUAUUGGCAAUAUUCUAUCAACGAAAACAUUGUGCAUGAAUGCUAAACAUUAUUUGGGCUCUCAUUACGAUCUUCACAAUAUUUAUGGCACAAGUCAAGCGAUAGCAACUAAUUAUGCAUUAACCAAUAUUAGACGAAAAAGACCAUUUAUAAUAUCACGUUCAACCUGGGUGGGACAUGGUUACUAUGCUGGUCAUUGGACAGGAGACGUUUAUUCCUCGUGGCAUGAUUUAAGAAUGAGCAUUCCAGCAAUUUUGUUAAUGAACUUUUAUCAAAUACCAAUGGUUGGUGCUGAUAUUUGUGGAUUCAAUGGAAAUACUACAACAAGUUUAUGCAAUCGUUGGAUGCAACUUGGUGCAUUUUAUCCUUUUUCUCGUAAUCAUAAUUCAGAUGAUACGAUUGAACAAGAUCCAGUUGCUAUGGGCGAUUUAGUAAUAAAAUCAUCCAAACGUGCUCUUACGAUACGUUAUUGGUUGUUACCGUAUUUAUAUACGUUAUUUUUUCGGGCACAUAAAUUUGGAGAAACUGUAGCGAGACCAUUAUUUUUCGAAUUUCCUAACGAUUCGAUUACAUAUGAUAUCGAUGCUCAAUAUCUGUGGGGCAAUUCUUUGAUGAUAAUCCCAGUUUUAGAAGAAAACAAGACAGAAGUAAUUGCUUAUUUACCACGUGGAUUAUGGUAUAAUUUUUAUACAAAAGAUUCUCUUUUCGCACUGGGCAAAUAUUAUACAUUGAAUGCACCACUCGAUGUCAUACCAUUGAUGAUUCGCGGAGGAUCUAUUUUGCCAGCACAAAAAGCAGCCGAUACUACAACGGCUAGCAGAAGAAAUAAUUUUGAAUUAUUGAUUACGUUGGAUAAUGUAAAAAAGGCAAAAGGAGAAUUAUAUUGGGAUGAUGGUGAUAGUUUAGAUUCGUUCGAGAAGAGACAAUUUGUAUGGACAUUUUUCAAUAUUGAGAAUAACACUUUAUCCAAUUCCAAAGCAACGAAAAGUUAUUUCAAUGAGAAAAUUAUUUUAGAUAAAAUACAAAUAUGGGGAAUAACAUCUAAUAUUUCCAAAGUUUCUUUAAAUGAUCGCGAAAUACGAUUCGAAUAUAUCAAGAAGGAAAAUUGCUUAAAUAUAAAUAAUUUACGAGUGGAUUUGAGAGAAAAUUUUUCGCUUUCUUGGAAAUAUGAUGAUUUUGAAUUAGAUGAUAACAAUAAUAAAUAAUAAUAAUAUUGUGUAAAAUAUAUAUUUAUAUGUUUGUAUCAUAUGUA